AUGAAACUUUUCAUCACAUUGUCCGCCCUGCUGGCCGUUGCCAUAGCCGUCGAAUACCACCACGUGGAACACAAGCACAUCCCAAUUGUCCACAGUGAAUCAUACCAUGGACAUGAUGGAAGCUUCAAGCACGGCUACGAAUCGGCCAACGGAAUCUCGGUUCAGGAACAGGGCUACGUCAAGAACAAUGGAGGCAAGGAAAAUGCCAACGUUGUCCACGGAUCGUACUCGUACGUCGACCCCCAUGGUGUCCCAGUUUCCGUGAGCUACACUGCUGACGAGAACGGUUUCCAGGCCAAGGGAUCGCACAUCCCAACUGCACCACCACUACCAAAGGCCCUGGUUGAAGCCUACGCUAAAGCCGGAAGCCAUCCGGAAAGCCACAGUGAUGUGCACUACAGCCAGCCGGAACCAGCCUCCUACAAGCACUACUAAGCACGUGUAGCUAAAACAACUGCCAUCCCCAAUGAAGAUUCCGAUUCAU